AUGCAAAGCGCCGGCUUUUUCCAGAAUAUUGAUGUCACCGGAGAGAAUGAAAUUGUCAUUCAAGACAGGAUAUACGGCGAGCACGUUAUUACUGAGCCUAUACUUGUGCAGCUUCUCCAAUGCCCUGAGCUCCUGCGCCUAAAGGGCAUCUCUCAACAUGGAAUCUCAAGCCUCCUCGGGUUCACACCCAAGGUUACCCGAUUUGAACACUCGGUCGGUGCAUUCCUACUCGUGCGCAAAGUCGGCGCCAGUGUGGAAGAGCAAGUUGCUGCACUUCUUCACGAUAUUAGCCAUACUGCCCUCAGCCAUGUAGUUGACUAUGCGCUUUCCAAACCUGGAGAGGAGAGCUACCACGAAGUUCACAAGGCUCGAUACUUGAAGACGACUACUUUGCCUCAGAUCCUGACCCAACACGGGUUUGGAGAUUUGAAGGCAUUCAAAGAGGAGUUAUUCCCACUGGUGGAAAUGCCAUCCCCUCACCUCUGUGCCGACCGACUAGACUACGCAUUGCGGGACACAGUGGCCUUUGAGAAACUCGGCCUGAAAGAUGCACAGCAGGUGUUUGCAACCGUGAAGGCGUUUCCUUCCGCCUCAUUGCCUCACCGUCUACUUGUUCUCGAGGAUCCACAACUAGCAUUGACGCUUGCGCGUGCAUACUUAGCAGCAGACCGAGAUGUAUGGUCGAAUCGCGCUCAUGUUGAUAUUUAUAAACGAACAGGUCAGGUCAUCAGAGACCUAGUUGAACAAGGGUUUGUAAAAGAGGAGACAUUAUGGUCUCAGUCUGAUCAGGAUUUCUGGGCACUGCUUCGACGUGAGGCAACACCAGAGGUUUUGCAUGCAAUAAACAGACUGGAAACGGAAGGACUUCCGAGCGAAGAGGGCUUGCGACUUCCAGAAUGCACGAAAGUACGCACCCUGGAUCCUGACGUGUGCGAUGAUUCACCGGGCCAGCCCUCUCCGCUGUCAAUGAUUCUCCCACAAUGGGGUUUGGAGCGCCAGCAGUACAUCUCCUCCCGACAGGCAACCCGAGAAUGA